GCUAUUUGUCAACCAAAAUUGAACGCCACCAUAACGUCACUCUCUCGAAGUCUUGUUAUAAUUCGGAGAUUUAGAGGUUUUUGAUCGCUUGUCAAACAAUGGGAGCAGCUAAAGCCGCUCAACCAAAGAAAGGCCUGAAAGAAGAAGAGUCCGAUGAGGAUAAGGAGUUACAGUGCGAAUUGAAAUUGCUGGUGGACAAAAUAACGGGCACUGAUUCAAAACUCGUACCACCAGCCAUAGAAAUGUUGAAGUACCUUAUUCGUACUUCUACAACCUCCAUGACCUCAGUUCCAAAGCCUCUGAAAUACCUGACGCCUUAUUAUGACCUUCUGAAGGCUAGCCACAUGAAAAGUACGAAUCUCGACAUUAAAAAAAGCCUAGCCGACGUUAUUUCCAUACUUGCUAUGGGCACUGCAGGAGGUGAAGAAGCUAAAGCGAAUAGAGAAUGUCUUAAGUACUGUUUGUUAGGAACUAUGAAGAAUAUCGGUGACUGGGGUCACGAGUACAUUCGCCAGUUAGAAAAGGAAAUCGUCCAGCAAUGGCCACACAAUUGUGAGACAAGCACAACAAUGUUGAUGCCUCUUAUCAAUGAUAUUCUGAGCUUCAAUUGCACCCAUCAUGCUGAAAUACAAGCCUGUGAUUUGCUCAUGGAGAUCGACUUGCUUGCAAUGCUACCAGAGUACAUGUCUCGAGAUACAUAUGAAAGGAUGUGCAUGUAUUUGUCAUCAUGUUCAAAAUACGUGGAUGACGUAGAAAGAGGUAAAAUAAUAAGGCUUAUCUGUGAACAGUACUUACGUUUCAACGAAUAUACAAAAUGUUUAAUAACAGCACUGCAAAUGAAAGACGACGAAAUGGUUAAAAAGAUUUUUGAAAGCUGUAAAGAUAAGGAAACAUUGUAUCAGCUGGCGUUUAUAUGUUCAAGGCACGUAUACCCAGUAGAAUUAGAUCCAGAAAUGGAAAGCUAUGAUGAACUUUCCAAUAUUCUAAGCAAUAUUCAUUUAAACUCCUAUUUUUUAACGUUAGGGAGAGAGCUUGAUAUAAUGGAACCUAAAGCUCCUGAAGAUAUUUACAAAACCUGGUUGGAGCCAGUUCCUCCAAGAAUAACAGUUCUUGGUGAACAUCUGGAUAGCGCUAGACAGAAUUUAGCCUCUUCAUUGGUCAAUGGUUUUGCAAAUGCUGGAUUUGGUAGCGAUAAAUUACUUACAGUUGAUGGUGGCAAUAAGUGGAUCUAUAGAAAUAAGGAACAUGGUAUGCUGAGCGCAACAGCCUCCUUGGGGCUUUUGCACCUUUGGGAUGUGGAUGGCGGUUUGACACCUAUAGAUAAAUAUUUAUAUUCUACCGAAGAUUACAUCAAAUCAGGCGCAUUAUUAGCACUGGGUAUAGUUAAUUGCAGAGUAAAAAAUGAAUGCGACCCAGCAUUGGCCCUUUUGGGUGACUACAUCGCUAUGGACAACCAGACACUACAAGUGGGUGCUAUAUUAGGCAUAGCUUUAGCAUACGCAGGUUCUCACAGGGAUGACGUCAUAGAACUACUGCUGCCAUUAAUAUCAUCUUCAUCCAUGGAAAUCAGUGCGCUCAGUAGCUUGGCUUGUGGAUUAAUAUCUGUUGGGAAAUAUGACAACGAUGUUUCCGUUACUAUACUGAAUAAAAUUAUAGACAUGAAUGGUACUGACAGGUUGAAAUCUGCUUACGCUAGGCUAUCAGGUCUAGGCUUGGCUUUAUGUUACAUGGGUUCAAGAGAUGCGAUACAUGUUCCAAAUGAAGCAGUUAGCAUCUUAGAGGAACCUUUCAAGAGUAUCAUGGAAACUAUUUUGUUAAUGUGCGGAUAUGCAGGAACUGGUGAUGUGUUGAUCAUCCAGAAAUUACUCCACAUAGUUGGUGACAAGGUUGAUAUACCGAAAGAAGAUAAGAAUAAGUCGGAAAAGAAGGGCAUUAAGAACAAGAUGGAUAGCUUUACGAAAAUUAAAGUACCAAAGAAACCUGAAUGGGAUUAUUCUAUAGGCCAAGCUAUGGCAACGUUGGCUGUAGCAGCUGUAUCAAUGGGAGAGGAGAUUGGAGCAGAAAUGACACAAAGGAUCUUUGGUCAUGUAGGACGCUAUGGCGAUCCAUGCGUGCGGAAAGUAGCUCCCUUAGCAAUUGCACUGUCUUCCGUUUCGCAUCCUCAACUAAAUGUUAUCGACGUUUUAACAAAAUAUUCUCAUGACGCUGAUGAUGAAGUGGCGUGCAACGCCAUAUUUGGACUUGGAUUAAUAGGAGCAGGCACUAAUAAUGCAAGAUUAGCCGCAGGGCUUCGACAGUUGGCAGUCUUCCACACCAGAAAUCCAUCUCAAUUGUUUAUGGUGCGUUUUGCUCAGGGCUUGGUCCAUAUGGGGAAAGGAACACUAUCACUUAAUCCUUUACACACAGAUAGAAUGUUAGUUGAUCCUGUUGGAUUAGCUUGUAUGAGCUACUUUUAAUGAGUAUAGAUUGAAACCAUUCUCAUUGUAAAGUAAGGUUUAAUUGGGUGUCAUCUCCUGAAUUUGAGGUUAAGAAAAACAUGAAGUUGAAACGUGGGUAGCAUUUUCUGAGACUAAAUCGAACAGUCUCUUGAAAUUGAACCAAAUUAAUCAAGUACUUGAUUCUGAAAUACUCCAUUGCAGACAAGAAGCAUAUAGCAUGCCAUCAUUCCAUUUUCAUUUUUUAUUCAAGGUUUACUAGCACCUCUACUGGCUCUAGUAGAGCCACAUGCUCUCGUGCUAGGGGAUUCCCGCUAUUUACUAUAUUUUUUGGUGAUGGCGAUACAACCAAGAUGGCUGUAACUCUCGACGAAAAUCUGCAUACUCUUCCUGUCACUGUCAGAGUUGGACAAGCAGUUGAGUUGUGAGUAACAAUUUUCCCACACUUCGAAAAUCUUUCGGUAUACAGAUAUAUUCAGAUUACGAUGGAGCCUAUAUACCGGGAGAACCUGGUCGUUUUUACAGCACGAAUCAACCAAAGUGCUAACCGUGUCAGUUGCCGAAUCGAUUUGACGGAUGACGUCAUAUUAGGGUAAAACAUGGAAUAUCUAUUUGAGAACGAAAUGGUUAGCACCGCUGUCUAUUUUAGGCUAUUGAGGUUUCAUCUAUAUGUGCGAUUCAUGUCGCGCGACAGUGUCAUUUGGCAAUGUUCGUUAUCGGGUGUUUAUCUAGACGGCGUCGUCAAACAGGAUUAAAAAGAAACACCUGUAUGUUCAACAAGGUUGAGUGACACUGUAAGGCCAAACAAGUCCCGUGAAUAAAUGGCCUCUUAGGUAAAUUGGGAGAGAUGAUCCCUAUGUUCCGCCCUUACGCUCCUAAUCACCUUGCAAUAAAACUACAUUCAAUUUAUAUUUUUCAUUUUUAUAUAAUCCCUAUCUUAACAUCAACACCCUAACUUAAUCAAUCGGUAUUCCAGCAUUUGAACAGCAGCAUGGUACAAAAUUCGUCCGGAUACGUCAGAUAUGAACUGUUUGUCACAUGAUUUUUUUCUCGUAAAUCUUCCUUUAAUUUUGGAAACAGUUUGAAAUUAAUAGAUACCAUAUAUAGCGGGUAAUCUAUCAAUGCAAAGCCUGUAGGAUAUAGAACAGCCAUAGCAAUAUAGGAGGUAUGGCUAGGAGCACUAUCACGAUGAAACAAUACGCGACUUGUUAACUUACCCUAUCGCUGUUCUUAAAAAGCAUCUUGUAAUUUUGAGAUUAAGUUUGCAUAAUAGAACACUAUAUUAUACUACACGACUCUCCUGUGAUAACCAUUAGGUCAAACGAUCCCGUUUUAGGUCACCCACUGGCAGGCGAGUUUUUACAAGAUGUCCUUCUACACUCAAUAUCUCUCCAGUAAGCAAAUGAAUGGUUUCAAAUGCAUACUUAAUAAUUCGCUCAGCCAUUAGUUCUUUGACACUGUUACAAUUGUGCCUACAAUAAGAAGUUACACAAUCUUCAACAGUCACCACGAUAUUUUGAUGAGUUUCAGAACUCAAAAGUUCCUAAAAGGCAGCUGACAAAAACUUAAGGCAUAGGGACCAACCCUCGUAUGUCAUAUAAACUAGGGAACCGAAGCAUAAAGCGUUUUGGUCACAUGAGGCGUCUUUAGUCUAAGGAUGUACAUUAUUUCAUCAUAGAAUACGGACAUACAACUCCAGUUUUACUGACUAGUUUAGAAAGAGCAGAAUUAGCUACUGAUCAGUAUGAAGUUAUUGGACCUACAUUAGAUGGCAUUUGUGUCUUGAAAAAGCAUAAAGGCGUUAAAGCCUGAUACUGUAUCCAUUGAUUUUUUCACUUCAAUGGCAUGCUUAUGAAAAUACCUUUUAACUUGUUCUAUUAAACUCAC